UUCUAUCUUAACGAAUAUUCGUGAUCGAAGGGUUGUAGUAAUUACGCCGUUCUUCAACACCACACUAACUACGUAUUGCCGUUCCCACAACAAAAUUUCAUUCGACAAUGGCGACUCCAAGCGAUUCGGGCAUGUUGAUGUCCGACGCACCUUCGAGAGGCGGCACUACUCCUAGAGUGAGACCGUUUAACAGAGGAUCUUCAGCACGACCAAGAGGUCCUCCCUCUGAAAGUCUAGCAGCACCCAGCGACGAUGAGGCCGAUGGUUUCGCAGAUGACCAGAUUCCCAGUCGCACAAGACGGAGGGAUCCUGCUACCAUCCCACGAGUUGAAGAUAGGAUUGGUAUCACCGUUCAGGAACACUUUGAAAACUUUAUUGAAGAAUUCAUCGAAGACCCUGCCUCGUCCAGUGCGCCUACUUCGAGUGCUGUUACGACGAACAAAUUCUACGUAGCCCAAAUCCACGGAAUGCGUAUUUACCAAUUAUCGACCUUUUACGUCAACUACAAUCAUAUCGCCAGCUACCAAAAUGGCGGUCUGGCUAAUGCCAUUAACACGCAAUACUACCGAUUCCUUCCCUUCCUCACCAAUGCCCUCCACAAUAUGAUCGCCAAAUACGAACCUCAAUAUUUCCGUGACCAUAGACAAGCUACUACGUCUAGCAACCAAACUACUUCGGGUGCAAGUAAUAUUGGUUCUGGAAGUCAAUCCGAGCAGGGUAACAAGACGGCAAAUCAACAGACGGAUAAGCUGUUUGCUAUUGCCUUUUACAACCUUCCUCUAGUUUCCCGAGUUCGUGCUCUACGCGCCAAGAAUAUUGGCCAACUACUUUCUAUAUCUGGAACCGUCACACGUACCUCCGAAGUGAGACCCGAACUUUCCCUGGCCACUUUCCUCUGCGAGAAUUGUCGUUCUGUUAUCCCAAACGUCGAGCAAACAUUUCGGUAUACGGAGCCUACGCAAUGUCCCAAUGCAGAGUGUGGAAAUCGUCUAGCAUGGCAGUUAGAUAUCAGACAAAGUACCUUCGUCGAUUGGCAAAAGGUCCGUAUCCAGGAGAACAGUUCAGAAAUCCCUACUGGCAGUAUGCCCCGGACGAUGGACGUCAUCCUACGAGGUGAGAUGGUAGACCGUGCAAAGGCAGGCGAGAAAUGUAUCUUCACAGGUGCAUUAAUCGUCGUACCCGACGUUAGUCAGCUAGGUCUUCCUGGUGUUAGACCUACAGCAAUCCGAGACGAUCGGAAUACGCCACGCGGUAACGACGUCGGUGGUAGUGGAGUUUCAGGCUUGAAAUCCCUUGGUGUUCGCGAUCUAACCUAUCGAUUGGCCUUCCUAGCAAAUAUGGUUACCCCUGACUCGUCUACACCAGGUCAAACUGCUUCGCGUCAAGUUCACGAUAUCAUCAAUUCUCUCACACAAGGUUCGGCUGACGCAGCCGAAACAUCUGAAGAGGCCCAGACAGCCAUUCUAAACUCCAUGACGCCUAGUGAAAUCGACGAACUGCGUGAGAUGGUUCACAGUGACCAUAUUUACGGUCGUUUGGUACAGUCUCUUGCGCCUACUGUAUAUGGCCAUGAAAUUGUCAAGAAAGGUCUUCUUCUACAGCUCAUGUCCGGUGUCCAUAAAACCACCGCUGAAGGCAUGGCCCUUCGAGGCGACAUCAACAUUUGCAUCGUUGGCGACCCAUCUACCUCCAAAUCUCAGUUCUUGAAAUACGUCUGCUCUUUCGCCCCGCGUGCGGUCUAUACAUCCGGAAAGGCCUCUUCAGCGGCCGGUCUUACAGCCGCAGUCGUCAAAGAUGAGGAGACGGGCGAAUUUACAAUCGAAGCCGGUGCGCUCAUGUUGGCUGAUAACGGCAUCUGCUGUAUCGAUGAGUUUGACAAGAUGGACAUCGCAGAUCAAGUUGCCAUCCACGAAGCCAUGGAACAGCAGACUAUCUCCAUCGCCAAAGCCGGUAUCCAGGCUACGCUCAACGCGCGCACCUCUAUCCUCGCGGCCGCAAAUCCUGUUGGGGGGCGAUAUAACCGCAAGUCGACGCUCAGGUCUAACAUUAAUAUGUCGGCGCCUAUCAUGUCGCGUUUUGACUUAUUCUUCGUGAUCCUGGACGAAUGCAACGAAGCAGUCGACCGCCAUCUCGCGGAACAUAUCGUCGGCCUUCACGCGCUGCGCGAUAGCGCCAUCGAGCCCGAAUUCAGCACCGAGUGCCUGCAACGGUACAUCCGGUUCGCGCGAACCUUCCGGCCCGAGUUCUCCGACGAGGCCAAGGAGCGCCUUGUCGAGAGGUACAAGGAGCUGCGCGCGGACGAUGCGCAGGGUGGUAUCGGAAAGAACAGCUACCGUAUCACCGUCAGACAGCUCGAGAGUUUGAUUCGACUAAGCGAGGCUAUCGCUAAGGCAAAUUGUGUCGAGGAUAUCGCAACCGAGUUUGUCGACGAAGCGUUUAAUCUGCUGAGGCAGAGUAUUAUCUCUGUCGAACACGACGACGUGGAGAUGGAUGAUGACGAGUUUGGCGAUAAGCCCGAGGACGCGGCAGAGCUGGUUGCUGCUGCGGACAGAGCAGUUUCCGGGGCUAGGGAUGAGGAGGGCGAUGAACGUAUGGGUGAUGGCGAGGACGAAGAGGAGAAUGGCGAUGAGCAAGCUAGCGGACAGGCGAGCAGAGAGCCGAGUACCGCGGAGCCCGCGAAGAAGAAGACGGCGAUUACGUACGAGAAGUACAUCGCCAUGGUGAAUCUCUUCGUAUCAAGGGUGAGCGAGGACGAGGCGUCAGGUGAGGCCGAAGGAGUUGACGGCGACGCGCUCAUUGAAUGGUAUCUUGAGCAGAAGGAGGAUGAGCUCGAGGGCGAGGAGGAUUACCAUAAGGAGAUGGGUGUUGCGAAGAUGGUGCUGAAGAAGAUGGUCAAGGACAACAUCCUAAUGGGUGUUCUCCAAGGACUACCCCAGCAAGGGGACCAGGCGGCAGCUGGAGAGUCGUCUUCCCAGAAGGUCGUCUACGUGAUACAUCCUAACUGCGCGAUAGAGGAGUACUGAGCUAUUGUAUGAACGGGAUAUGACAAUGAUCAUGGGUAUGAAAUUCACUCUGAUGCGAGAUGGCGUUAGGGGAAGGGAAGACGAACAAAGGAAUGAGUACAGAUGCCCAAUUGAAUUGAUACAAAUUCACGUAUGGAUGAAUUGAUGGAUGUUGACAUUAUUUGCUGGUUGGUUAACAGAAGGGAGGGGAUGAUUGUAACUCUUAACGAGUCUAAAGUGUCAUGCCACACGUACGAUGAACGGAGAUAAUGAAUGAACUAACUACGGAUUGCUCUUGAGAAAGCGAGGCUAAGGCGUCCGGAGUCUAGAGUUAGGUAGUUAAGGAAUGAGAUAUCAGCACGUCUUGUUAGAUGAGGAUAAUAUGAGAUGAGAUGA